UUUUGUGUGUGUGUUAUCUAUUAUUUGAUUUACCGAAUACAUUUUCGCUAUCAAAGAAAGUGGUUGUCGAGGCGCUUCAAACCCGGCUUCCUGCUUCCCGUAGCUGCUGCGUCGGCAACAUGGCGUCCUCGGAGGUCCACGUCCGAGUUUGUGAACAAGAAAUCCUGAAGUAUGACCUGGAGAUCAAGGCUCUGGUGCAGGAUAUUACAGAAUGCCCCGGUCCUCAGAGCAAGCUGACAGAAAUAAAUGCAUAUGUAAAAAAGAGCUUCCACGACCUCAGAUCCAGAAUUGAGGACUUGGAGCAGAUGGCAAUGGAACAGGACAAAGAGUCAGACAAGCAGGCUCUUGUUAGCCAGGUCCAGGGCCACAGAAAGCAGAUGUUGGGUAACCAGACAGCCUGGAGGAAAGCCAACCUGGCCAGCAAACUGACCAUUGACAAAAUGGAAAAGCAGGCACUUCUUGAUGGGCCUGAUAACACAGCAAGACAGAGAAAGAUGACCAAAGAAGGCCUGGCUCAGACCUCCGGUGACAUCACAGAAAGUCUUAUGAGUAUCAGCCGGAUGAUGGCCCAGCAAGUCCAGCAGAGUGAGGAGACCAUAACAACGCUUGCAACCUCUUCAAAAACAGCCCAGGAGACAAACGAGGAGUUCAAGACCAUGACGGGGACCAUUCAGCUCGGCAGAAAGCUCAUCACCAAGUACAACCGCAGGGAGCUAACUGAUAAGCUGCUCAUCUUCCUAGCAUUGGCGCUCUUCCUUGCCACUGUUCUCUACAUCCUUAAGAAGAGACUCUUCCCAUUCCUGUAGACCAGGUACCUCCGAGGAGCUCUUCCAUUUCCAUAAUCAGCUUGAGUGAAGCUGCAUGUCUCAUUGGCCCCCGUGUUGUGAUGGACUUUUAGUGGAUCAGAGAUGCCUUCUCUCACUGUGGGAGGCUCACGCCCCCCAGUAGACCCCUGGACGGGAUGAAGCAGGUGUGGGAAGUAAAUGAAUGAAUGAAUUAAUGAAUGGAUGCUGCUUGCCAUGUAACACAUCGAUUAUCCUCUUGAAUUAACUGUGAUGCUGCCUGCCUGCAAAUAGGGAUAUUAUCCCGUAAACCUUUACAGUAUUUUAUUUAUGACAAUUUUCUCAAACUAAAGGAAAAUGUAAUUCUUCUGGGAAAAAAAAAGUAUGUUGGUGUAGUUGGAGCGUCAUGCAUCAGAGGUUCACGAAGGUAAAAUGCGUUGAAAGCAUGUCUACACUUGACUUCUGCUUAGUUUGUUUCAUAGAUAGGUUUUUUGUUCUUCGAAAAUAUCAAAGAUAACACUGAAAAAUAAUGCCAGUAGAAAGAUGAGCUAGGGUUUUCUCUCAGCUUAACACAUUUUAAUGUCAUGUCUGUCAUUAAAAAAUGGUUUAGUCAUAAAACUAGUCAUUUCGGUUAUUAAAAAAGACCUGAAUGACAGGACUCGGUUUGUGGGAGCAACGAUAGAACUGGAAGUUUCUGGCAGUUGUAUAUUUUAUCAUUAACCGUGUAAAACAAACACUUUUCCCCUGAUCAAAUAUACUGCAAGGAAAUCACUGUGCAAAUCACAUUUAACAUUAAUGUAUAUUAAGGUACUGUGUAAUAACUGUAAGGUAUAAUUUAUAAUUGCCUUAAUACCUUUCUUUUGUCUAUAUAAAUCCUUUUUAACUUAAUUAUGAUUUGGGACCAGCUGCAUUCUCCUGGUGUGUGUUUCAUUAGUUGUACAGCACUUUUGUUCUGGCUAUGCAUCAUUCAAAACACUUUCAUAAUUUAUUUGGUCGUCAGAUAAGCAAGAAAUAAAAAGCCUUUAAUGCUGGAAGUCGGGCCACUAUAGCAAACUGCGCUGCAAAGAAGCUGGAGAAAGAAGUAGCAGUGUUCACACUGGCAGAGAUGGAGCCACACGCACCCCUGCCUUUCUUCAGAUAAGACCCGGAAAAGCAGAUUAUUCCAACCCCUUUUCUCCUCUCUCUUUCCGCUGUGGGUGGAGGGUGAAGGGGGAUAUUUUUAGGAUUGUGCAGGGCUCUUAUCUGACGUUGCCUUUUCAACACCACGGAGUAGAGGGUGGCCAGACAAGCUACAUGACCUUGCUACCCUGCUACCCUCUCUGCAAUAGCCAUUUUGUUUAGUAUAUGUACAUUUCUCAGUAUUGAGUAUUAAUAAACAACGUUGCCUCUGGUUGGAUACUUGAUAUGUGUCUCUGUCAAUUGAUGCGCACCGUUUAAAACAGGGUGUCAGGAUAUGAGUGGAGAUUUGAGAGACCCUCAAAAGCAUCUCUUACUCAUGUAAAGUGGCAGAGCUGGUCACAGCCUGCUCAUAUAACUGCACACUUGGAUAAGUCCUCUGGUUCUCUGUUAAGCAAAUUGGACUAUUCUUGCAUUUAGCACCGAGAUAUUGACAAUCAAGUGCUUUGCUUUGUAUCUAGAGUGGGCUGGGGUCUCUAGAGAGCACACUUUACUACACUGAAGGUGUGUAAGAGGAGGCAGACGGCUAACGGGACUCAACAACUCCACACAUAUAUUUUAAAUUUUAUG